AUGGAUUUGAGUUUAACCAAGGAUUCCCUUCCUAAAGCAAUUACUGCAUUUGGUCUUGAUCUUUAUAAUAAGCUGAAUAAAAGUAAUGCUUGCAAAAACAUCUUCUUCUCUCCAAUGAGUAUCUCAGCUGCUCUGGGCAUGGUCUUAGUAGGUGCCUGGGGAAAUACUAAGACUCAGAUGGAAAAGGUGCUACACUUUGAUAGAACUAUUGGAGGUACAAGACCAUGUGCUUUUCAGAGAAGAAAGCCAGAUGUUGUGUCAGAACAUGAAAGUGAGAAUGCACUUCCUUCCCCAGUGGAUGGAGGGAUCAACCUAGAGGUCAAGAAGCUCUUGUCUCAACUGAAUCACCUCAACCCUGGUUACCAGAUGAACCUAGCAAACAAUUUGUUCAUACAAAAAGGAUAUGAAUUUUUUCAGCAAUAUCUCAUGUGCACUAAGGAUGUCUAUGGAGCCACACUGCAAACAGUUGACUUUUUGAAUGCUAUUGAAGAAGCAAGGCAGACAAUUAACCGUGAGGUUGACAAACAGACACAGGGAAAAAUCAAGGAACUUUUUGCUCCAGGUGUGAUUGGACCAGAAACUGUGUUGGUGUUAGCGAAUGCCAUCUACUUUAAGGCAACCUGGGAACACCAGUUUCAUCCGAAUAGUACAACGGAAAUGGAUUUUAGGCUGAAUGAGAAUGAAAGUAAACCUGUGCAGAUGAUGCAUCAGAAAGGUCCAUUUAAGUUGGGACAUGCAGGGGCAACAAAUGCUCAGAUCCUUUGUCUUCCAUAUGUUGGUGAACUCUUGUCCAUGAUCAUUCUGCUGCCAAAGGACAUCAAAGACCUGGAGCAGGUUGAAAGCACAAUGACCUGUGAGACGCUGGCAGACUGGACUUCCUCAGAAAAUAUGAUGGAGCAACAUGUGGAGAUAUAUAUACCCCGGUUCAAACUAGAAGACACCUUUGACCUCAACUUUAAUUUGCAAGCACUGGGGAUGACAGAUGUGUUUGAUGAAGCCAAAGCUGACCUAUCAGGAAUGUCGCCCUCACAGCAACUGUUUUUGUCCAAAGUUAUUCACAAAGCCUAUGUGGAUGUUAAUGAAGUGGGGACUGAAGCAGCAGCUGCAACAGGUGCUUCUGUUUCUACCAGAUCCUUAGUAACCUAUGAACUAUUUUUGGCUGAUCACCCAUUCCUCUUUUGUAUCCAACAUAAUCCAACUAAUACUGUCCUUUUCCUUGGCAAAUUUUGCUCUCCUUAA